UAAAGGUAUUCCUAAAAAAGUUUCUCUUUUUGUUUCAAGGAUCAAUACACAAACAACAUCAUCGGAUUUCAUAAGCAUGGUGAAGCAGAAUUUUGAGGAGGCUGUAUGUACCCAGUUGCAAUCUAAACAUCCUGAAUACUAUCAUUCCUAUAAAGUCUCUAUUAAUGCAGAAAAUCUAGAAAAAGCCAAAUCAUGUGAUAUCUGGCCGAGUGAUGCUUAUGUGUCGAUGUUUUUCCACAGGAAACCACACGGAAGGAAUAAACAUGACCAACAAUAAAACUAAAGAUGAUACACACACCUUCCAAGUUUUACAUUUGAAUAUUCAGGGACUGAAUGAGUCCCCAUAAGGUAAAUGAAUGGGACCUGUUUCUCAUGGAAAAUAAUAUGUGUGAUGCGAUCUGUGUGACAGAGCACUGGCUGCCAUUGGGGGUUGCAGACACAUACUGCUCAAGUGGUUGGCACGUAGCUUCCAAUUUCUCAAGAACAAGAAAUAAACGUGGAGGUACGAUGAUUUUAAGUAGAAACCAUGAAUACGAAGUCCUAGGAAAAAUAGUGGAAUUAUCAGUAGAAGUUGAUUGUGAAGUAGCUGCUAUAAAGAAACAGGGGUUAACCCUGAUAUCAGUUUAUCGUUCACCUGUAGGUGAUUUUAAUGUGUGUUUUAAUAUGAAUAGCAAUAAUGUACUGGACAGGAACGCAGAAGUACUGUUGGAGGUCUUUCAAUCGUACGGUUUGAAGCAAACAAUAUAUGAGCCAACGAGGAACAAUAACUGCAUUGAUAACAUUUUUGUAAGAGGUUGAUAUUAAAACCAGAACAAGCGACUCCGGGGUAAAAUGGUUCUCUGGUAACAUGGUAGCGAUGAGGGAGAAAGUGAGACUUUACAAUGACAUGUAUAAUCACUUUAGAACUGAUGACAUAAAGAUGGUGCGG